AUGUCGGCUAAUCAUAGAGGCUACAGCUCAAACUUCAGAGGUCGGGGAGCAAACCGCGGCCGAUAUGGCUGGCGUCGGGGUCCAUCCAUGCCGCUCGCCUCACCGACACCAAGCUAUCCUCCACUGCCACUUGGGCCCGAGAUCGCCUGCGUUUCAAUCGCGAAACUAGCCAAAGACGAUGCGAUACCUAUCGAGAAAGCACGAGUAUCCGAUUGUCAGCUUGUCGCAUCAUACAAUUGGCUCGACAAACCGAAACCUACGAUCAUCAUCCCCGGCUUGCCUCCUCGGUGGAAUCCCCCUUCCGAGACUCCCCAACUCAAGGAAGAUUCAGGGGUCUUCUACCGAGAUCGGAACGCCAGUCGCUUGCCUUUGCACCCGAUGGAGCCAGCCAUCGAGUCCAUCCUUCGUACACGGCCAUCUUUUGCCGCCGUCUCAUCGACGCCCAUCGACAUCGUCGCGUGCGGCAGCACCCUGGGCAACCUCCUCCGCUUUACGAGUGGUGAUGAAAAGCCGUUUCGCAUGCUCGUCAACGUCGUGGGUUCCACCGUUCACUUGAUCCGCCGUGAAAAGUCACCCAACGAGACCAUUGACGACGUACGUGGGUACGGUCAUACGUUUCCUGACGCGUACACAACCUCAGACCGCGAGGCUCGAGGCUCGGCAUCGCACCAGCGGAUCCUGAGCUAUUGUUUCGGCGGUCUGCGGAGCGUUCUGUUUGUCCCCGAGUGCAAGUCCAAGUCUUUGGAGCAGAUUGACCUUGUGUUCAACCAAGGCGUUCCCCUCCGCCGUUUUGAGUCUUACAAAUCAGUGGAGGUCGAAUUCAUCGAGGUGGAAGCAAAGCACGACGAUGAGACUGAUCCAAAACACGCAGGGAUAUUUCCUUGA